CUUUGACUCAGGUCAGGAGCCCAACGUGGAGGAGAGGAUGUGGGUAUGCUGACAUCUGCAAGCCAGAGGUUUGACUGUAGACAACCGCAGUCAGGCUGACAAACAACGGCCUUAGCAACUACGAAGAAACUCCGAGACAUGUAACUUGUUUUGAAGAGGCUUGUGUCCAGUAGGGCACCCUGAAGCUCUGCCAGUCACGCUGCCUUCCCCGGGCUUCUCGUCAUGAGGGGGCGUUGCUCUCGAAAACUUGGUGUGCUGGCCAAGGCAGGUUUGCUGCUCUGGGUGCUGUGGCUGGGCUACAUUCUGUUAGCGCGCUCCUCUUUCCCCUCUUCUACCUCUGAAGAGGAAGAAGAAGAAGAAAAAGGUGGCAAUGUUCGGGCGAAACAGCGGUCCUUGGAUGAGGAUGGUCAGCUGGCUAGGCCCCUGUACACUAAACCAGCACCGGACAGCAAUGCACUGGGGGAGUGGGGGCGGGCCACACACCUCAACCUCAGCCCUGAGGAGAAGAAACUUGAGCAGGACAGUGUGGAGCGAUAUGCUAUCAAUAUCUACGUCAGUGAUAAGAUUUCCCUCCAUCGGCACAUCCAGGACCACAGGAUGAAUGAAUGCCGAAGUAAGAGGUUUGACUACCGGCGUUUACCCACCACCUCUGUGGUCAUCGCCUUCUACAACGAGGCCUGGUCCACCCUGCUGAGGACUAUUCACAGCGUCCUGGAGACGACGCCUGCCAUCCUGUUGAAAGAGAUCAUCCUCAUUGAUGACUACAGUGACAGAGGGUACCUGAAAUCCCAACUGGCUCAACACAUCAGUGAAGUGAAUCGCGUGCGGCUCAUUCGCACCAAGAAGAGGGAGGGUCUGGUCCGGGCUCGUCUCAUUGGUGCCACUUACGCUACGGGUGACGUGCUGACAUUUCUCGAUUGCCACUGUGAGUGUGUGCCUGGCUGGAUUGAGCCUCUGCUGGAAAGGAUUGCUGAGAAUGCCAGUACCAUCGUGUGCCCUGUGAUCGACACCAUUGACUGGAACACGUUUGAGUUUUACAUGCAAACAGACGAGCCAAUGAUCGGAGGCUUCGACUGGAGACUCACAUUUCAGUGGCACUCAGUCCCUGAAGUGGAACGCAAGAGGCGCAAGUCUCGCAUUGACCCCAUCAGGUCUCCGACAAUGGCAGGUGGAUUAUUUGCUGUGAGCAAAGCCUACUUUGAGCACCUGGGAACGUAUGACAUGGGCAUGGACGUGUGGGGAGGAGAAAACCUGGAGCUUUCCUUCAGGGUGUGGAUGUGUGGCGGCAGCCUUGAGAUUCACCCCUGCUCUCAUGUGGGCCAUGUGUUCCCCAAGAAGGCCCCUUAUGCACGGCCCAACUUCCUCCAGAAUACCGUACGAGCUGCAGAGGUUUGGAUGGACUCUUAUAAACAACACUUCUACAACAGGAAUCCCCCUGCCAAAAAGGAAACCUAUGGGGAUAUCUCGGAGCGGCUGCUUCUGAGGGAGAGGCUGAAAUGCCAAAGUUUUGACUGGUAUUUGAAGAAUAUCUACCCUGAACUACACGUACCUGAGGACAGAGGGGGCUGGCAUGGGGCUGUGCGUAGCUUAGGGAUUCACUCAGAGUGUCUGGACUACAACUCCCCAGAGCACAGUCCCACAGGGGCCCACCUUUCUCUGUUCGGCUGCCACGGCCAGGGAGGCAACCAGUACUUUGAAUACACAAUUCAGAAGGAGAUCCGUUUCAACUCAGUGACAGAGCUGUGUGCUGAAGUACCUGAGGGACAGACCUACAUCGGUAUGAGGACAUGCCUUAAUGAUGGGCAGCUCAAUCCUCCCAGUGUCGCCUGGGACUUCAGAGAAGACGGGACCAUCUACCACCAUCACUCUGACAUGUGUUUGACAGCCUACCGCACAUCAGAGGGCCGCACAGACACCCAGAUGAAGCGAUGCACCCCCGGAGACAAAAACCAGCAGUGGAAGUUUGAGUCGUAGGACGGAUAGAGAGCUGCAUUAAACCUCAAGUGACCUUCUUUCACCAUAGUGCAAUUACUACAGUGGACGUCUUCUCUGUGUCUGCUCUCCAUUUGAGUGGCAACAGGGAGCAAAUGAAAGGUGGUGAAACAGACGCUUAAAGACAGUGAAUCACCAAAUUCAGAGCUUUUAUACACAUGUGAAACACUAAGUGCAGGUGGCGGCAGAGUGAAUGAGAGAUGCAAGGCAAUGUUUAUUUGGACUUUUUUAGAAGACCAGCAGAACUUGAGACUUUUACAUUUGUGUUGCUUUCAUCUAAGUGCCUCUGCAACCAAAGUGAAGUCCAGUGCACAUCUGUAAUUGUCAUUUGUACUUUUAAUCUAAUGCAACAACUUGAAAUUAGCGAAACUGAUUUGACUGUCGAGAAAGUGAAGAAGUGCCUCCUAAAGAAAUUGAAGCAUUUCCUGGAAAAUGUCAUUCAAAACCAUGCUGCACUACAAAAUGUUACCUUGAUGUGCAAUUAAUUUUAAGUAUUUUUAUUUAAUCCUGUCUGUUGAUUUUAUCAAAAAAUAACCAAUUUUAAAGACGGCUGCUCAAAGAAGACGGGCCAGGAAUGUGAGGUCAACAGCAUUUUGACCCGAACCAGCUACUUCCUAACAUGCUGCAUCAUGUGAGGACAACAGAGAGAGAGAGAGCGCUGCGGUCAUACUAGACUGCUUCUCAAUAUUAUCUCGUGUCUGUGAAACCAGUUUCCUGCUAGGAUGCUGCCUGAACAUGACUGGGAGCAUUCGUGAAGCAUUUGUACUAAGUGCAAUUGACCCCAGAGGGCUUAGUGAGUUGACAGGUAUGUUGUAAUCUAUUCUUACCUGUGGUGUAAAAUUAGGAAUACCCGUAGGUUGUAAUCUUUUGAGAACUUGUUUGUGCCGCAAUGAAAUGUGCCAGUGGAUUUGAAAUGAAUUAGAUAUGUGUUUUCUAAUGCUCAAAACUAAACACUGGCGCGAUGCACUUGAUUUUAUGUAGCAAGAAAAAUGGCUUAAAGGGAGCGCCUGUUUAAUUUAAUCCAUCAGUUUGUCAGUGCAAGACUGUUUUGUUUAGACUUGUGUGUGUAAACCGUACUUGAAGCAGCAUCAUUGAAAAGUCCUGUUUUUAUUUUUUCACUGAAGACCUGUUGGUGUUUCCACUGGGAUUCAGAAACCAAGAGAUGCAGUGUAACGGUUGUGGAAUAGCAGCUGUAUUUCCCGAAGACUGCUUAUCACUGAGCAAUGUUUGGUGUCCUUUGAAUUCAUGAAUAUGAGAUAUUCCUAUGAGUCAAUGGAUACAGCAGGUAAACAUGUACAGUGAGAUGACUCCUGUUUUUAUGAAAAUGUGUAAAUAAUAUUUGGUUUAAGGGACCAGAGUGGGACAGUGCUGUCGUGAAGCACCUUUUAAAACUACUGAAAAUGCAAAAGGGAUGGUGAUGGUGAUUACUUGAUAUGAAGAAGAGGGAGAUGAUUGAAAUGGGAUGGAUGUCAAUAAUGGUUCAAACUGUUGGGAUGAUUGAAGGAAUAAAAAACUAACCACGGAUGCACAGUG